UUCACUUCCUGUAAAAAUUAUGCUCAACAGAAACAGCUACAUGUGAAACACAGGCAAAACCCCCGGCACUAUUUCCGAAGAGUGAGAAAAUGGGUGACUUGUCAACUACCUCAUGAAGAGUUCUCCCCACUGAAUGAGAUGGCUCAGUAGGCUUGAGGCGACAUAACAGCCAGAGGAGCUGCCAUGGACGCCCUGGCCAUCAGUGGACUCCAAAUCUCUCCAGAGAAGUACUUUGACCGAAUACUGGACAUCAGGGCAGAGAAACGCGAGCACCUGCGAGGGCGUAACAAUGUGACCUCAUGUCGGAGCCCUGCGAGAGAAAUUAACACAAGACAGCUAAAGAAUGAACUGAAAGAAAAGAGGCAUCUGGAGUUCCUGAGGAGGAGAUCGGUGAGCCCGGAGCCAUGCGAACGCUCAUCAAGAAGAAAAUCUCCUGUAUUUUCAGUGAAAUAUCACAGUUCAAGUUACAGUCGUGAGGCGGUGCAGACAAACACGCAAAAUGCUAAAGGACAUCCACUGAUAGCUUUAACACCAAACAGCAGCACAACCGAUGAUCCGGGCAGCAGCAAAUGGGCCUCAUUGUGGUCAGAACAGAUAAGAGUGAUAAAGCAGGACAAAAGUCAUGCAAAGAAGCAAACACCUACCUCCACUCCAUCUGUAAAGGAAUCAGACCAGCACAGGGUGAAAAGUAUACAUAAAACGGACACCAGUGUGAAUGUGCAAAAGACAACCAUGAAAACACUCAUCCAAAGAGAAAAGAUUCAACAGAAAACAUCUGUGCAAACUGAAAGCACUCUUCAGAAAAAGAUACUGAGAGAGUCCAGUGUGCAGACUGAGUCCGGCCUUGUCACCAUCAAGGAAUCAGAAAUUCAGAGAUUAGCUGACUACCUGCAGGAGGCCCUGUGGAGAGAAGAUGUGGUGAAGAAGAAGCUGGCGGACCUCCAGGAGAGCACGACAAACCUUGUGAACUCCUCCAACAAAAUAUGGACUUCUCGCUGCAGUGAAGAUCUGCUGAGAAACAAGAUCAAGGCUUUGGAGGCGCAGCUGCAAGUCUGUCUGCAGAAGUUUCCAAAAGAUGGAGUGAAGAAACUGGUGGUACAGAUGGAGAAGCAGAGGAUGGUAUAUGAAGAGAAGGCGUUGAUCGCCUUGCAGAAGGCCACGCAGGAGAAAACCGAGGCCCUCAGCAAGGCUGAGACACUGCAGGAAGCGCUAAUUACAGCAAAGGCAGAGGCCCUGAGGUGGCAAAGCCUUUAUGAGGAGCUGAAGCUGAGCUCUGGACACCUCAGGGAGAGUCAGCACCUCAGUAAUGAACAGCUGCAACAGCUGCACAGCCAAGUAGAGCUGUCCCGAGCCAGAGAGCAUGAGCUGAGAGAGGAGGUGCUUUCAUUAAGACAAGAAAAGCAGGACCUACAGUACAACAUUUGUCUGCUGGAGGAGGAUAACCAGACCCUGAGAGAAGAAAUCCAGCAUCUCAGAGAUGACAGCGAUGAGAGUCAAGACAUCAUGAUGCAGGAGUGUCUGGUGUCACAGGAAGCAGAACCACGGCUGACUGCAAGGAGAGACUCUCAGCUGUUGGAGCAGCUCCGUCACACUCAGGACAAACUCCAGCUCAAAGAGAGAGAGUGUGAGGAGCUGCAGACAGAGCUGCAUGCUAUGGAGCAGGAGUGUCAGUCCAGCCAGGCCCGGCUGUCGCAGUGCAGAGAUGAACUCAGGCAACUCAGUCACCGCCAUAGGAGAACAACACCAUGUGGAUCCUGGUGGAGGGUGUGCGUGUUCUUCCUUUUACUCCUCACUGUGGCGGGGGUCGUGAUGUUGUGGUUGUGGCAUCCCCCUUUCAGGGAGCAAGUUGAGGACCUGUACUCAGACAUAGAGACACGUAUUGAAGACUAUCUGAUUGAAAUGGCCUCUCCUCGACACUCAGGCUGUUUCAGACCAAUAUGAUAUUGCUAUGAUUAUUGUUUGUUUUUUUUUCCUGCUUCAUGUUAAAAUUAGAUUUGUGUAGGAUGUAGUUUGUUGACAUUUUUGUAUUUAAUAUCUGUUGACUUGGAACUUGAAGUGUCUGUGACAUGAGACAGCGCUGUGCGGAUGUUGGGGAUGUACUGGACAAGCGUGCAGAAAGUUCCAACACAGCGAUGCUGGUUUGGAAUGUGUGCAAACUGUUGUUGGAAAAUGUUGAUGGCAUUUUAAGAAACUGUGAGUCUAACUACAGUAUGAGAACGAUGGGAAAUAAAAAA